AUGUUACGCUACUUAGCAUAUCGAUCCACAUUAGAUCCGCUAGGAAACAAACCCCGUGAAAGUGAAAACCUGCAAAAUGGUCGUCGUGACGUAAACGUACUCAGUAAAGAGUAUCUUUACGUUUUCGGGAAUUUGCUAUCACAAGGCGGAACUUGUACAUCGAAACGGCUACCAUUUCGAACAGUCGCUGGCGUGUGGACCCUGGCCGCUUUCAUCUUCGUUCAGGCCUACACGUCGACUCUCUUCACUUACGUCGUGACACCAAUCCAUCACCCGCUAAUCAAUUCUGUUUACGACAUUGCCGACAGUACUGAUAUCAAUUUACUUGUCAGAGAAGCGGGAUUCAUCAAUACGUUACUUUUGACUGCCAAUGAGACGGGUCUAUACACGAAAUUACGAGACAGGCUAAAUUCGUUUGAUAAAUCUGUUUGCCCAGUUGUGUCCGAAUGCAUUGGAUUGAUUACACCAGGAUCAAGAAAUGUUUACGUCGAUGCGAAAAGUUACCUCAAUGACGUAAUCAGGACAGAGUUCAAAAAGACUGGAAAAUGCAAUUUGCAAUUGGCGAAAGAAGGAUUCCUGAGUAUCGCAGCAUCAUUUGCCUUGCCAACAAACAGCCCCUACACCAAAACUAUAACCCAAGGAAUACUGGAAAUGCAACAAAUUGGUCUGAUCGACCAUUGGGACUCGUGGUUCCGCCCAAUGCCUCCUCAAUGUACCGGAAAACCGCAAAGUGAAAAAAAAUCAAAGGGAAACAAACUAACGCGUCUUAACAUGAAAAAUUUGACUGGCGCAUUCAUUGUCCUUUUAGUUGGAUUAAGUCUUUCCCUGUUGGCUUUUCUUUGUGAGAUUAUUAUUUCAAAUUUAGGCAAACGCCGUCGUACGCAGUUGCAAGUAGAAUCGAGUACAGUCAUCAACGUUACCGAACAUCAGGAACCUACAAUAAUCCUACUUAACUAAUGGGUUUUAGAAUAACUGGCAUUUAAAAAA